AUGGGUGAAGCUGGAAAGGCAGGGAAGAAUGCUGCUGAGAUGAGUGAAUCCGGAGACGAAGGUGAAUCUGCUAAGAUCAUUGGAUCCAGAGAGGAAAUUAAGGGAACCAGAAGAGCAAGCUAUGAAAGACAAUGGUCGAUCAAGUGGCCAGCAGAUACAUUCGACGAGGUCGCAACAUUCGACAACUUGAGCAUCUUUCAUGUUCCAAACAAACUUCGAAAAGUCGACGACAAUGCCUACAGCCCUCGCAUUAUCUCAAUCGGACCUUACCAUCGUAAAAAAGGCAACCAUGAGCUUGUCACAAUGAUAGAGCACAAGGGCCGUUACAUGCGAUACUUCUUUGACCAAAUCAAAGAUCCUCAAGAGAGCCUCCAAGUCCCACUUGAGUUCCAUUUUCCGGUCUACAAUCUAGACACAACGGUUCGCCGGAGCUACGCUGGGGGUGCUCGGGACCAUGAUGCCGAAAGCCUUGAACACAUGGUGUCGUUUGAUGGCAUUUUCAUAUUGGAGCUCUUCCUCAGGUAUGACCAAUAUUGCAAAAAAGUUCCCCUAAUAGACCAAUCUGAUGCAAUUUUCAACAAUGGUUGGAUGAUCCCUGCCCUUAGGCGUGAUCUCGCAUUGCUCGAAAACCAGAUUCCCUUCUUUGUUCUACAAGAAUUGUACGACGUUGUCAAGCCUCGAAUCGUUAACUACAAGCCGCCACACUCCAUCACUUGCCUUGCUCUUAAUUUUUUCGAACCUAUGAAGGAAAAGGAAAUGAUAAAAGAUGAGCCUGAGGGAACAGAGUACAAGCAUUUGCUUGAUCUCUUGCACAAAUUGUACCACCCAGCUUCAUGCCUUCUUAAAAACGAACCGCGAAGCAAUUUCGAAAAUUGGGGUUUCGAUUUCUGCGCUUGUGAUCUUUUAGAGGCUGGAGUUGUGUUUCUAUGUAACUCGGACCACUCCUAUAACAUAACUUUCACUAAAGGAGUGAUGAGAAUUCCACAAGUGUAUAUUGACGACAGAACAACGUCACUGUUGAGAAACCUGAUUGCUUAUGAGCAAUGCAGCCUCAGCAGCAAGCAGCACAUCACAUCCUACGCCAUCCUCAUGAAGAGCCUCAUCCGUUCGCCGCAUGAUGUUACGUUACUUAGGGAACAAGGCAUCAUGAACCAGAAUUGGAUCAAGGACGAAGAGUAUUUGACCUACUUCAAUGGAAUUCUAGAUGAAGUUGUUGUGAAGGACUUUUGUUUUGGUAAGCUGUGCAAGCAAGUGAAUGCCUACGCUAGCAAGUACUGGUUUCGGAGACGGGUGAGGUGCCUGUAUAACACUUAUUUCUCUACUGCUUGGAGUAUGAUUUCGUUCGUUGCCGCGGUUUGUCUUUUUGUUCUUACUAUUGCACAAACAUACUUCGCCAUGCACCAAGCUCAUCAGUAG